CCUUUAUCGCGUUUUUUCUAAACUAAAAGAAUUUUUUUUACUAUGGACGCAGUCGGAAAUACGUCAUAAUCUUUGGCGCGAACAGCUACCAUUUUGCAUGGGGGAAAAUUAAUUUCUGUCUGCACCGCGUUAGUGGCUAUAACAAAAGAAUUCUUUAAAAUGCCCAAAAGUUGUUGUGUUUUUGAAUGUUCAAACAACAAAACAAAAAAUCCAGAUUUGAAAUAUUACAUUUUACCGCAUGAUCCAGAACGUCGCAAACUUUGGCUCAAUGCAAUCAGUCGUACUGCUUUAGAUAAAGAUGGAAAUAUUCUCAAGAACAAACUUUGGUCACCAAGAUCCAAAUAUCACUAUGUUUGUUCUAAACAUUUUAUUUCUGGUAAAAAAAAAAACCAAUUAAAUGAUCCAGAUUAUGUACCUUCUGUGUUUUCAUACAAAUCAUGUGGAAAGAAACAUCAAGCUCUUCAUCGACAAUCUGUAUUAAAUUGUAACAAAAUAUCAGCUGCUUAUGCAUCUGAUAAAAGUCAGCCUGAUUUGCUAUCAAGUCAAAUUGAAAACAUUGAUAAAAUAAUGCACAGUAACAUAACUGACAAAGCAGGAUGUUCUACUAUGAUCGAACAAAAUUUUCUGCCCUUAGCAUCACCAACCAGCCCCACAAUAGCCAUGAAAUCUCUUAUAAAUAUAUGUGAGCGAGAAAGUAUGUUUCAUGAAUUAGAUAAUAUGCAGUCUGAAAAAUCUAGUCAAAAUAAAAACAUCAAAGAAAUUGUACACAAUGACAUGACCAAUAAAGUAGGAUGUUCUACUAUGAUUGAACAAAAUUAUCUGCCCUUAGCCUCACCAACCAGUCCCACAACAGCCAUGAAAUCUCUUAUAAGUAUAUGUGAGCGAGAAAGUAUGUACCAUGAAAUAGAUAAUAUGCAGUCUGAAAGAUCUAGUCAAAUUGAAAACAUCGAAGAAAUUGUACACAAUGACAUGACCAAUGAAGUAGGAUGUUCUACUAUGAUCGAACAAAGUUAUCUGCCCUUAGCCUCACCAACCAGCCCCACAACAGCCAUGAAAUCUCUUAUAAGUAUAUGUGAGCGAGAAAGUAUGUUUCAUGAAUUAGAUAAUAUGCAGUCUGAAAAAUCUAGUCAAAAUAAAAACAUCAAAGAAAUUGUACACAAUGACAUGACCAAUAAAGUAGGAUGUUCUACUAUGAUUGAACAAAAUUAUCUGCCCUUAGCCUCACCAACCAGCCCCACAACAGCCAUGAAAUCUCUUAUAAGUAUAUGUGAGCGAGAAAGUAUGUACCAUGAAAUAGAUAAUAUGCAGUCUGAAAGAUCUAGUCAAAUUGAAAACAUCGAAGAAAAUGUACACAAUAACAUGACCAAUGAAGUAGGAUGUUGUACUAUGAUCGAACAAAAUUAUCUGCCCUUAGCCUCACCAACCAGCCCCACAAUAACUAUGAAGUCUCUUGUCAGUGAAUAUGAACGAGAAAGUAUAUACCAUGAAAUGGAUUAUUUACGAUCAGAAAGUGAUAUAUUACGAGAAAAAUUAUUGUUGCCUGUGCACUUGUCUCCUUAUUCAUUUCAAGUUUUAAGGGAAAAUCCUGACACUUGCUUGAUGUUAACCGGGUUAAAGUUUGAUAUUUUAACAACUCUUAUUGAUUACCUUUUUAUAGGAGAACAUAAUGGUGAUCAUAGACCAACUCGAUAUAUUAUGGAAGAUCAAAUAAUUUUAACAAUAGUUAAAUUGAAGCACAAUAUGAGUUUUGAUAUGUUGGCCCAUUUGUGCUCCAUAAGUAAAACAACAGCUAUUGAAUAUUUUUGGAAGUGGAUAGAUGUGAUGUCAGAAAAAUUAAAAUUUUUAAUUAGAAUGGAAGCUCGAGAACACAUUUUCGAAACCAUACCACAUAUUUUCAAGUCAAAGUUUCCACGGCUUACUUCAAUAAUUGACUGUUUUGAAGUGUUUAUUGAGUCACCUGGUCCUUUGUUAGCAAGAGCACAAUGUUAUAGUAGUUACAAAAAACAUUGCACAUUAAAGGUUUUUAUUUCCUGUACACCACUUGGUGCCAUUAACUUUUUAUCUAAAUGUUGGGGUGGUCGUGUUUCUGACAUUCAAAUUGUAAAAGAAUCAAACUUUACAUCAUCAAAAUACCACUACCCUGGAGAUCAAAUUUUGGCUGAUCGUGGUUUUACAUUGAAAGAUGAUUUUGCUGCUCAUUCCAGUUCGGAACUGUUGGUUCCUGCAUUUGCAAAAAACAAAUGCCAGCUAUCAGCUGAAGAAGUUGAAUCUACCAGAAAUAUUGCAUCUGUAAGGAUUCAUAUAGAAAGGAUUAUAGGAUUAAUGAAAAAUCGUUAUAAAAUUCUAAAAGGAAUCUUGCCAAUAAGAUCAGUGAAAAGUCUAAAGGAUGAGGCAAAUCAUUUAAUGUAUGCUAGCUGUGAUAAAGUUGUUCUGGUGUGUGCUGCUUUAACAAACUUAGGAGAAAGUAUUGUGUUUCGCUAGCAUGUAAUAUUAUUACACUUUUUGUAAUAUUUACUUUAUGACUCGAUCAAUGCUGAUUAAGUCAUGUCAAUUUUUAGCUUUUCUAGAAUAUCUUAAGAAUAAAAUACACGUAAUGUUAUAAUACAAUGUAAUAUAUAAAUAAUGUAAAUGAUAUAAUAUACGUAAUAUGUUAGAGUCAACUUUUA